AUGGCGCAAAUUCCCGUAGUUCGGCCCAAAAUAGUGCUUGGUGCAGAACAUAUUGCGGCACAGCAGGUGAUGGGGAAAGAGCUUCCUACAUUCAGCGGCAGCCCAGAAGACUGGCCUAUCUUUAUCAGCUGUUUCGAACAGUCGACAACUACGUGUGAGAACUCUGAUGCGGUAAACUUGAUUCGCCUACAAAGAUGUUCAAAAGGACCCGUUUUAGAAGCAGUGCGAAACCGAUUGCUGUUACCUCCUGGCGUACCUUCAGUAAUCGAUACCUUUCGCACCCUGUACGGCCGACCUGAGCUGCUGAUCCGGUCAUUAUUAAGGAAAAUUCAACAUGUAGCCGCUCCGAAACACGACCGUCUGGAAUCGGUUAUGGAGUUUGGAUUGGCUGUACAGAACUUAGUCGAUCAUCUGGAGGCAGCACAUCAAGAAGACCAUCUUGCGAAUCCAGUCCUAAUGCAGCAGUUGGUGGAAAAACUCCCGGGUCCUCUGAAGCUAGACUGGGCUUUGUUCAAAAAACAUUAUGAGAAGCCCACACUUCGAACAUUUGGACUAUUCAUGUCGCAAUUAGUUGUUGCGGCAAGUGAAGUGACGUACGACAUUCCUGCGUUGUACGGGGCAGCCAAGGGUGAACGGUACAAAACGAGAGAAAAGGUACACAUUCAAACCCAUGCUGCAGAAUCGGUGCCGAUGCCGAGUGUCUCGCCCUGUCCGUCUUCAUCAAACCGUAAGACUAACAAACCUUGCACAGUAUGCGAUCGUGAGGGUCAUCGAGUUAGUGACUGUUUUAAAUUCAAGUCGCUGAACGUCGAUGAACGAUGGAAAACCGUGCAACAAAAGGGGCUUUGCAGGACGUGUCUGAAUAGCCACGCACAAAGUACAUACACUAUGUUCCGCGUGCUACCUGUUGUUCUAUACCACAAAAGGCAGGCCGUGUCGGUGUUUGCUUUCAUCGACGAAGGAUCGGAGCUCACGUUUCUCGACGAGAGCAUUGCACAGCAACUAGGCGUAACGGGAGUCGUCGAGCCGUUAACAUUGAAAUGGACCGGAAACUCUCUCCGGUACCAAGAGUUAGCGCAAAUAUUCCCACAUUUAAGAGGUCUCCCAUUACAAGAUCACACGCUGAUUCAACCGAAACUUUUGAUUGGAUUGGACAAUCUGCAACUUGGCGUUCCUCUGAAGCUUCGUCAAGGUCGUGCGGGAGAACCUAUCGCUGCAAAAUGCCGACUCGGUUGGGGCAUAUACGGCGGCAAACAGGAUGCCAUUCACACUGAGAGUGUCGCAAAUUUCCAUGUGGCUGAAGUCACUGAUUCGGACCAGUUGAUGAAUGACCAGCUGCGAAACUUUUUCACGAUGGAGAACAUGGGAUCGGAGGGCACUCAAGAGAAGCUAGAAUCCGAAGAAGAUAAGCGUGCAAACCGUAUUCUUUCGGAAACAACGCGGCGGAUAGCUGUGGGUUUCGAAACGGGACUUCUGUGGAAGACGGACUAUGUUGAAUUACCUGAUAGCUACCCAAUGGCGUUGCGUAGAUUACAGUCGUUAGAGAAAAAAUUACUCAAGCAACCGGAGAUAAAGAUUCGCGUUCAGGAGCAGAUAGCGGAAUACGAGCAAAAAGGAUAUGCUCAUAGGAUCACGGAUGCCGAACUAAGAACAGCAGACCCCCGUCGAGUGUGGUACUUGCCACUGGGAAUUGUACUCAAUCCCAAGAAGCCGGGAAAAAAGUAA